AUGAAUCUCAUACGAAUGCAUCGAUGUGGCAAUGUCAAUUGCCUUUCUCAACAAAAGGAAAGCAUUGAUGAUAGUAAUAGAACGGCAUUUACGCGACGAGUUUAUCAGGUAGAUGCAACGACGAUAUGCCAACUAAUAAAACGAAAUGAAAAUAAAUGCUUGUAUAAAUCAUUUGGCCAACUACUUUAUCAGGCUUCUAUUGAUCGAAUAGAAACGACAUGUAAUCAUCAAAAUGAUGAUUUAUUAUUAAUCAAUGCACCCGAUUUAAUUUCUGUGGUGUUCCAUUGGAAUUCAUCUGAAUGUACUACAAGUGACGUGGAAGAUUUUGUUUCGAUUAUUGAACCAUUUGUUAAUUUACGCGAAUUAUUCUACGAUGUUACUAUAAGUGACGCUCGUAUUAAACAACUUUGUCUCAUUGGUCUCAUUUGUUUUUAUGGUAAUACUAUUGAAGUAUUCUUUUCCUAUGAACAUUCAACGUCAAAAUGGCUCUUUUGUUUCGAUGGAAACGUAACAGUAGCAAAUAAUUGGAAUGCUGUCAUAAGAAAAUGUAUCGAUUUUCAUCUUCAACCGUUUCUUCUUAUCUAUGCGAAUUCACAACAAAAUCCUGUUGAUAUAAGUCAAUUACUCAAGCGCACUAUAAUUCAAGAAAAAAUUGUGCAUCCGCAAAAAAUACUCGAACCAGCAAAACUUUCCAUGCCAAAGCAAGCACAAUUUACGAUGAAUCAAAAUGAUCUGCAUUCUUUAGAGAGUCUUUCGAAAAUAUCAUCAUUUGCAACAUUAAAUUCUUCCAUGUUAUUUAUGCCUUCGAAGCCGACAGCAACUUCUUCAUAUAUCAAUCAAGAAACAGUUGUUAAAGUCAUGCAACAGCAAUUAUUAAAAAAGGAAGCAUUGUCCGAUACAUCAUCAAUAUCAUUUUCACUAGCAUCAUCAUCAUCAUCAUCGUCAUCACCUCCUCCUGUGAAUAUUCGACAUCAAUUUCAAGCAAAACAAAAAGUCGCUGAUACAUUAUCAAGUAGAGAUUCAUCAACAUCAUCGUCAUCACAACGUGAUUCUGGUUUAAGUAGUUGCAUUAAUGAUGGAUCAAGUGACGAUAGUCCAAUAGAUAGUCCUGUACAUAAUGAACAAACAGAAAUUGAUAGUUUAAUUAAACAAACAGAACAGAUUAUGAACGAUAAUCAUUUCGAUAUGUCGUUAGCUUCAGUAGAAAAUUAUCUUGAACAAUCGUUAAAAUACGAAAGUGCAAGUAAUUAUUCGUCUGCAUUAGAAUCUUGCCAACGAGCAUUAGUCCUUGUCGAUCAAAUACUUAAUUUAAGUCUUAAUCGUAAUACUCGUUUAUCAACGUAUGCUCGAACAAGAAAAAAUGGUUUACUAUUAAGAAUUCGUUCAUUAAGAAAACGACAAAUUGAACAAGCAGAGUUAAAUGCUAGUUUAACUGGAAUGUACAAACAUGUUGAAUAUCUCGAAAAUAAAAAUGACAAUGCAACAACAUCAUCAAUACUUUCGUCAACAAAACGAGUGUCGCGUCCAAAAAAGAAUGUUAAAUUUUCUGAUAAUGUUGCAUUAAUUGUUCCAACAUUAGAUGAUAUUAUUGAACCACCAUCGGAACAUUUAAUUCAUUCAUUUUUAAGAAAAAUUCAUCAACAACCAACAAUAUCAGAUUCGGAUUCUGAUGCACCAUCGUCAUCGGCCGAGAUUCCUAUUGGCUUAAUUGAAUGUUCUCUUUGUUAUAAACGAUUUUCAAAAACAAAUCAAUUGGGGACAUAUUGUUCCAAUUGUCAGUUUUACAUGCAAAGAUUUCAACCAAUAACAUCAUAA